UUUUUUCAAGUUGAUUUUCUGUAAACAUCCUCAUAGUCAUUUGUAAAAAAAUCUACAAAUAAUAUAAUCGUCAUAUACCUAGGAUAUACAAAGAUGGAUGCCUAUUACAUAGAUCGAAGAUUGAGUGCAUGUCCUUCUAUGUCCAUGCAAAGACGCAACUUGACCAGCGACUGGAGCAGAGAAAUCAAUGCAUCCGGACAUCUGCAACCAAGAAUGAGCAUCAUGCCCUACGAUGCGAAAUUCCGAGGAGCUCAUCCAGGAUACAAGAGAAUUUCGAAAAAUUUGCAGUCGUAUUGCACUGGGAGCACUUACACUGGUUUUCACGAUGCUCUAGGUUUCUCUGGGCACGGCGUCUAUGUGUACCCGCACGGUGUUAAAUACGAGGGAUAUUUCAAGAAUGGGGAGUUUGACGGAGAUGGGGUGCUGACUUAUCCCAAUGGUGAUAAGGUGACCGGUACGUGGGCGAAAGGCAAACUACGAAAACACAGAUUCCAAUUCUCUGACGGUUUGGAAGUAGACACACAACCCUGGGACUACCUCAAGUUCCCGGAUCGAAAUUUAUUCACAGGGAAUAAAGAAAAAAGGAUAAACGUAGAACUACCUGAGAUAUCAAGGACGCCGAAACACUGUUACUUCACUGGAGACGGGUACUUUGAUCCGACUUCCAAAAUCGUCUACGAUUUCAAAAAGAAGAUCAUUCGGAUAGCUUCCAAGGAAGAAGAGAUUGAAAUCAAGAAAACGUGUCGAACGAUGGACGAUACUGCUGUAGGAUAUUUGUCGCAUUUGUUCGAAUACUGGAUUACUGGAAGAAAAAGUGAAGUUGAGGAAUUAGAAGAAAUGGUAGAGUUGGCGAAUAACGAGAAAGACCUCCAAUCUCUCAUGGGUCCUACGGAAAGUGUUUCUUUCUAUUCAUUUAUUUUUCGAAGCCAGUAACAAGGGUAAACUUGAUAGGUCUCUUUUCAUGUAUUUUUAUGUACCAAUUUAUUUAAUAUAUUUACAUAUACCAACGUCUC